UCGCAACAUGCGCAACUGUGUUAUAAUACUGUGUGUGGUCCUUGGACCGUUUUUAUGCUCCGCUGAAUGUCCAUCGGGGUGUCAGUGUUCCGAAACGUCCACAGCAGUGCAGUGUGUUUCCCUUGAUCUCCGAUCUGUGCCAGAAGACAUCCCGGGAUAUACUAGACACCUGGUCAUCACGGGGAACUUCAUUCCAAGGAUUGGGCACGACUCUUUUAAAAUGUUGGAUAAUGUCACGGACUUGGUAUUAAGCAACAAUGGGAUCACCGAGAUAGCAUCACACGCUUUCUCCGCCCUGGCCAUGCUGCGUUCCUUAAACCUCAAUGGCAACCAGCUCGCCCUCAUACACCCGGAGGCUUUCUCCGUAGCGGGCAGCCCCCUGCAACACCUCAGCCUCUGCAACUCCCUCUACAAUCACACCUCACUCACCGACCUCAUCACCGCCUUCCGCUGGGGUGGACUGGGGAGUCUCCGCAGUCUGGACCUCUCUGAGAAUAGCCUGGUCCUGCUGCCCCCGGGGAUGUUCGCCCCUCUGCCCAAACUCAAGCACCUGAGGCUGGGCAACAACUCCCUGGUGGCCUUGUACAACAGCACUUUCUCCGGCGUGGAGCUUCUAGAGGAGGUGGACCUGACCGGUAACCGGUUCACAGUAUUCAGCGAGGAGGGGCUGAGAGAGUUGGAGAGUUUGGAGAAGGCACGGUUACUGCUGGGGCGCAACCCAUACGCGUGCACCUGCGGUACCGAGGAGUUCGCGAGCUGGCUGAACAGUUCCAAAGUCAGAGUUGGCGACGCGCAGAAGCUGCGCUGUGCCUCGCCGGGAGAGAUGCAGCACGUGGCCGUGCAGACUCUCACCAGGAGGGCCCUGGGCUGCGAGCGCACCGGCGAGAGGGCGAUGGACGAGGUGGACGGGCUGAGCCUACAUACGUCCUACGUGCUCCUGGGACUGGUGUGUGGGUUCGUGGGCAUGGUGUUUUGCUUCGUCCUGUACCUGAAUCGGAAAGGCAUCAAUAACUGGGUUACGGAGAUGCGAGACGCUUGUCAAGACAUGCUGGAGGGCUACCAGUAUCGAUACGAGAUGGAUUCGGACCCUAGACUCAGACAAGUUUCAGCUAAUGGAAAAGUACAGCAGACGAACAAGCAGGAUGCUGCGCGCCAAAUACCAACCGACAAGUCAUCUGUGACACAAAUACCUGCUGAUGUUGCAGUGUAGCUUCUGCACAGUAAAUUUUGCCGUGUUAAUUUAACUGUAUUCGAGAGGCGAAUUCAAUAUUGUUAUACUCCCGAAGAGUUCAGUUAAUAAUGCAGAAUUUACUGUGAGGUGAUACUCCUUUUGAGUUAGAUCCCAUGUUAUGCCUACAGACUCUAUAACCAUGUUUAGUCACAAGCACACAAGGAGUCUUCAAAGACAACCAUUUUUAUGACUGCUGAAACUGUAACAUCAAAAUAAUUCUACUGAUCUUCAGAAGGCACAAAGACUCUGUUUGAAGUAGAAGCCUCUCUUCAGAAAGAGAAGACUGUCAUUUAUUGACAAUAUACAAAGGAUAGUGAAAUGACCUAUACCAGCACCUUGCACUAGGUAGUAUCUCUUGUAUCUCUCACAAACAGAGCAUGGCCAUCACACAAGCCAAUUGUCUAAAACUGAACUGAACUUUUUCCACUACCUAUCUAUACCUGCUCAGCACUAUAUGCACUAGUACAUUAUCUAAAAAUAUCAACACAUCAUCUCUGCUCGGCACACCAUUAUUUGUGUCCCCAGCAUGCUCUGCCCAUGCUUGUGUGCGUACGAGUGAGCCUGUGCGUACCCAUAUACCCACUCCACAACCCCACUCCCCACCCCCAACCCAUUGUGUACUUGUCCUCAUUCCCCAAAUGGCUUGGUUAGGUUGCGGGGCACAGGCAGCAUGAUGGAGUGCUGAGGAGAAGGGUAAGUGGGGCAGGGUGAGGACUUUGGGGGUUCUGCUGAGCAGGCUGUUGGUUCAGGGGACCAAUUCCUCAUCCCGCCACCUUUGCAUGUAGCCCAUUAGCCUAUAAGGCCGUAUACUUAUCUGUGCCAACUUGCAUGUGUUUAUGCAAUAUAAUACAUAGCAUGCAUAUGCCCUGCACAUCGUAUAAUAUGCUUUGCCCAGUUGUUGAACAUUUGAAUGACCAGUGACCUAUCUUGACCUGGUGAGGGACUGAAACCACCAGCAUGUAAGCACAUACUAUUGCAAUUCUUUUGUUGUGUGAAUAGACUGAAAGUGGAAUGUUGGAAGUAGGAUAGAUGUACUGUAUGUAUAUGUACAAUUGUAAAUGAAACUUGGUAUUGAUGAAAAAACAGCUUUUUCUCAGGUAUACUGACUUUUGUUUUGUGUUAAUACAUCCCUUCUACACGCUGAAUGUGCAUGUGAGAACAAACUCUUCGUCAUCCUCUCUGCAUGUUAUGAAUUAAAUGUUGCUGCGACAGCA